UCGCCGCUGCCUCCCGCUGCCCCAUGAGCGCGACGGCGGCGGCGGCCCUCGCCGAGGGGGCGGCCCUGGCGGAGGGGGCUGCUGUGCCGUACGCCGUGGAGCUGGGGCUGACCGUGCUCCACACGGCGCUCUACGCCGCCCUCUUCCUUUUCGCCUACCUGCAGCUCUGGCUGUUCCUCUACUACCGGGAGCGGCGGCUGAGCUACCACACGCUCUGCCUCUUCGUCUGCCUGCUCUGGGCAGCCCUCAGGACCACCCUCUUCUCAUUCUACCUGCAGAACUCCCUGCAGGCCCUCCGCCUCCAGCAGCCCUUCGCCCACUGGCUUCUUUUCUGCCUGCCCGGCUGCCUGCUCUUCUCCAGCCUCUGCCUCCUCAACCUCUAUUUCGCUGAGGUCAUAUUCAAAGUGAAAUGUGCAGCUGAAUUUAACAAGUACAAGGUCCUGUUGUAUCUGGGCUCCAUAUUUACCAGCCUCCUCUUCUUAGUUGUGAACUUAACUUGUGCAAUGUUAAUCCAUGGUGAGGUCCCAGAGAACCAGCUGAGGUGGAUAGUCCUUGCCCGUGCCCUAGUCAACGACAGCCUCUUCAUCUUCUGUGCCAUCUCGCUGGCUUGCUGCAUGUGCAAACUAGGAAAGAUGUCUUCAGCAAAUGUCUACCUCGAGUCUAAGGGAACAUCUGUCUGCCAGGCUAUUCUUGUGGGAUCUGUAGUUGCUCUUCUGUAUUCCUCAAGGGCUUGCUAUAACUUGGUAGCUGUGGCCAUAUCUCCAGACAAUGUUCCUGGUCCUUUUAACUAUGGCUGGGACAACCUUUCAGACAAGGUGCAUGUGGAAGUGAGCAGUGAAGAGUAUGUGGUGUUUGGAGUGGUCCUCUUCCUCUGGGAACUGGUGCCAACAACUUUCGUGGUGCUGUUCUUCCGGGCUCAGAGACUCAGUCAGAACUUGACUCCAGCGGGGAUGGUCAAUAGUCACAGUUACAGCUCCAGAGCCUACUUCUUUGACAAUCCGAGGCGCUACGACAGCGAUGAUGACUUGUCGCGGCUUGGGGCCAGAGAAGGAGGCUUGGCCACCCCUCAGUGCUCGGGCUGCUAUGGGUCCCUGGCUGGGAAUGACAGCUACAUGGUGGGUCCCCAGCUCAGUGGGACUGCUACAGACAGUGCCCCCUUGCUCAUUGCUGCAGGCGUCUCGGAGAUGAAUAAUCACCAUAGCCCAUACCCUGCACCACAUAACUGAAGAGGCUGCGAGGUCCCUCUCUUCCCAGAAGUGGCAUUCAUGUAUAGGAUUGUAACCUGGUUUUCUCUUUUCUUCUUCCUGAAGCAUCUAACUCAUCGACACAAACAUUCCACUACCUGCUGCAGCUGUGAGCAGGACUGAGCCUAUGGCUGCAGGCAGUAAGCAAGAGAACUGUGACUUUAAGGUACCAUGUAGCAAAGUGAAGCUGAACUUUCUGGAAGCUUUUUCUUGGUCUGGUCUUCAAGAUGUUGGCAGCUAAAUGCACCAGAGCUUCCUCACUAGAAAAGAAACAUCAAAUGCAUAUUUGCACUUUUAUCUGCACACUUGGAAGGAACGAAUCUUGCUCAGACUUUGCUUGGUCUGAGACUGUUCUAGUUACUCUUUUAAUUGCACAUCCAUAGCUGGGAGAGGCACUGUCUUCCUGCAAAGACGUGUUCUGUGAAGUACUCUGCAUCCUGACUCACUUGGGAGCAUGAAGCUCUGUUUACUGAGCAUGUUGUGGGCAGGGCCUCCUGCAGUGAGUGUUGAAGCAUACUGUGCCAUAUUCACACCUGGCAGGGCUGGUGUGACCAGGCUUAGUGGGGUUUUGCCUCCCACUGCUGGUCCUAGUUUCACCUGGUUGCUGAACUGUCCUACCUAGGACUGUGGAUUUAAAGCUGAGCUCAAAGCACAUUCUAGCAGAGGCCUGUGAGGAUGAGGUCAAGUGUUCCUAGUGGCAUUAUGAUCACCAUGUUGUUAAUCAACCCACUAGCUUAUGGCAAAGGAAGAGGGCUGGCUCGGACGGUAGCUGCUGUCAAGUGAGGGGGCAAAACUUUGUAGGCUGCUGCCUUCAGGGAAAGCUUAGAGCUGGCUCAGCAAGAGUGUGUGUAGGAAUGUGUGGCCCGAAGCACGUGUAAAACCAGGGCUGCUUGAACUCCUGGAUGGUGGGAAGAGUCCUGCUCCCCCUCCUUUCCACCCACAGUGGGGCUCCCCUUUUCCUCCCUCUCAGUAUUAAAUUGCAUUUCACGGAUAACCAGUAGUUUUAACCUGAAAUGAAUGUGAACUGGUGAGGUCCCCAUGAGGUGCAGGAGGUGCCUCUCUGUAGGUUUGCAGAGGGAAGGGGCAGAUGCUGCAGAGCUCUGAUCCCAGGGCUCUUUGCUCUCUCCUCUAUGGGGCCUUGAGUCCUCCCACUUGCUGGAGUAGCUGUGUCAGCAAUGCUUAGUGGUGUGCACAGGAUUGGAGUGUGCUGGGUCAGUCUGGCUGGAGAAUUCUCUGUCUCUAUAACCAAAAUAGCCAAAGUUUGACCUGGGUUUAGCUCCAUCAGGCUCUUGGAGAUGAGGCUUGAUGUUAUUAAUGUUACUCCUGGCCUGUCCCUGAGCCUGGUGUAGGGAUGAGCAAAACCGCUUUGGUCGCACUCAGAUGGAGGCUCUGGCCCAGGGAGGGCAGCUCCUCUGGCCUCUAGUGACAACCCAAACUGGAACUGCUUUUAACCUACCUAAAGCUGCUCCUGCUCUUCAAACCCCAGUCUGACAUGGAGUGGAGUGGCGCUGGCUGUGAGGCACUGGGGUCUGCUGCUGGAGGGAUCCCAAGGCAGCCUCUGUGUCUGCAGCUGUGUGUGAGAGAAACCCCAAGCACCAGGGCAGUCCCUGCUGCCCCUCACUUCUCACCUGCCUUGUGCUCACUAGUAGGGCCUGGUCACUGAUUACCUACCUUGCUUGUACCCAGGCAGAUGUUGCCUGUCCCACUGAGAACACUCUGUCCCUCUGUGUGGUCUGUGCUGGCUGCUGGGCCUCUCCCUGAUGACCUGCCUCACUCUUGCUGGCCCACAGAAAGGGGCAGGCACUGCUGCUUUCUGGAGAAGGAUUUGAGGUGACAACUUCCAGCACCUCCCUCUUGCUCUAGUAUUUGAACCAGCUGUGGCUCCCCUGGCUGCUCCACUGUAUGUGGCUUGAGGGACCUGUCCCCUUGCUUCCAACCAGGCUGCUCCCCCUUGAUCACUGCUUGACUUAUGGCAGAGCUGAUGAAGGACCUGGACUUGGCGCAUUGCCCUUCUUUCUUCUCCCGUAAGUCACCAAAGACAGUAAGUGACGCUAGUGGCCCCAGUUCUUGCUUAAAUUCCAAAGCACUAGGAGCACUUUAAGUUUUUCCUUGGAGGGAAAGGAGUGUAGUGCAAAAAAAAAAAAAAAAUUAAAAAAUUAAAGGGCUACAGGCUCAUUGUUCAUAUUGCACUGAAGCACACACCAACACUACGAUCUUCCUGGCAUUAGGAGGGCAGGUCGGGGCAGUGAGUCGCGUUGCUAAUGUACUCGUGAGUGACUGGCAAAGUGGUUUGGUUUUAAUCAUUUGUACGGAUGGCCGUUAAUUUCAAAACUCUGACUGCUCCUCCUGGAGCCAGUCCUGUGUUUUACUGAAGUAAUUUAUAGCUGAGAAGUACAAUGACUUUUUUAAUGCAUAGUUGCCUUUCAUUAAACUUUUUUUUUUUUGGUAUGGUUUAACAGUGUUUUGGCUUUGCAGUCAGGCAGCAGCUGGCUGCCACAAGAAGCUGUGGCCAAUGAAUGUACCUAUUUGUUCUUCACUAAACUGUAACCAAGCACUACUAUGUUGAAAUAAAACAAAGACUCUGUGCUGGGGUGCCAGAGCCCUGCCUGCA